GCUCGGUUAAGGGGUCCGAAGGAGUUUCAGGUUGGUGAUCGAGUUCUCCUAUAUAACUCUCGCCUGAAACUCUUUCCUGGAAAGCUCUGCUCCCGGUGGUCUGGACCGUUCACGGUCACACAGGUGUUCCCGUAUGGCACGAUUGAGAUUGCCAACCCGCAAACUGAGCCGUUUAAAGUGAAUGACCAUCGUCUCAAGCUCUAUCUGGGAGACGAGGUCGAACGUGCAGAGUUGGUGGUUUGCAUUUCUUUUUCCCUUUUUUUCUUUGUUUUGUGUCGUCUUUGAGUCAGUUGCAUGCCUGUGCUGAAGUUCGGUCGUCCGGUAUGCCUCGUUUUGGUGUUUUCGUGCAGGGGAGUUCAAAAAAUGAGAAAAAGGGAGAUUUGGCUGCGAAGGGAAAAAUGCCCGGCCGUGACUCAAUACCCGACCAGGUAUUUUGGCCUCACGACCGGGACCCCUUCUAUUCAAAAGGGGGGGGGGGGGGUCGAGAUCGAAAUCCCCGACCUGGAGCCAAAAUGUCCGACCAGGUAUUUUGGCCUCGCGGCCGGGACCCCCCUGUUCAUGAUUGGCGACUCAGGUGGAAUACCCGACCGGGUAUUUUGCCUAUAAAAGCUAAUCCCCGAGCAAAACUUUCUCUCUCCUCUCAUUUUUUCCAAACUUCCCCUCUCUUCCCUCUCAUUUCCUCCCCCCUCUCUCCCGCGUGAGCGCCGCCGGCCACCGGCCACCGCCCGCCGGCCACCGUGCCGCUGCUAGCCGUCGCCAUUUUCCAGCGACCUUCAGGCGAGCCUUCCCGAGCCGUUUUCUGAGCUUUUUCCGCGUCCCUCACCCUUUGAUCGCGUCCCUCUACGGUCCUACUUGGGUUUCCAGGUGUGUUUCUUGCUUAAGUUGAUCUUUUUCUAGAGAAUUGGACUGUAGAUGUUAGGACCGAGCACUGUGAAUUUCCUGGCAUGUUUGAAUUAGAAUAGGGUGAGUGAUGCCGUGGUUAGGCAUGGCAAUUGCAUGAUUGAUGUCCCACUGCUUGAAUGUGUCGUGUUCUACAUGAUUCCUGCUUAAAUUGCGGUUGUUUGUUUGCAAAAUCGACCGUUUGUGCGUGAUUCCUUACCAUAGGUGUCCUUAAAGUGUGGGAGAACUGUUGAACCCAUACUUGUGGUCCUAACGCGCAUUUUAUUGGCUCCAUUGGUUUGUUAAUUUUGCAGGAUCAUGUCUCUCGACCACCCAUUCAUGCAGGGCCUGCGCCUGAACCCGGAGUACGCUGACCAGUACCGUCGGGUCAUCAACGGAGUGUUCCACCGCCAUCACCACCUGGUUUGGGGCGUUUUCCAGCAGCUCCACUGCAUGGAUGGGAUCGCUGCAACCAUCAGCCACCCACAGUGGCGGACGCUCCUGAGCAUCGAGGACUCUACUUACACGGAGCUGGUGUGGGAGUUCUACUCCACCUUCCAGUACCGCCCCAAGGCGGAGAGACUCCCCCACCGCGGUGACUUUUCGGCUCGGCGGUCAUAUGCGAGAGCUGAGUAUCGACGGGUUGGCCCAGGCACUGGGAAUCCAUUACCACCCGUUCUCCCACCAUGAGAAGGAGGUCGCCCACCCGAAGGACUGGCUGCAUGACGUGUUCUACCAGAGCUUCGCCCGUCCUGCCUACAUGUUCGACCCCUUCGACGCUGGCCAGACCUAUGUCUCCACCCUUCGGUCGGAGUGACACAUCCUCAACC